UUUUUCCAUUGUUAUGAUCAAUCCUGAAAUCCUGGAGAUAGUUGCUUUCAGGGAAAGUCUGCCAAACGAUAGUCUUUCUCUAAGUUACACACAUCCUAAUCAGUUGACCGUGUUCAAUACUAUCUCUGUGAGAGAUGACUAUUUCCUUCACAGUCCUCGCAGAACAAUAAGUGAUAUUAUUUCUGCAUCUGAGGUCUCUAAGUGUGUUACUAUGUGCACUAUAAUGUCUAUUGACACUGAAUUUGGAUGGUACUACAUGUCUCAUCGAUCCUGUGGCAAAAAAGUUCUGCCCCAUGACAUGGAUGCAAUAAAAGAGAAGUAUCCUGGAAGGAAGUUUCUUAAACACUUAUGGAAAUGUGAAAAAUUUAUGUUGUUGACCUUUCGGGUUAUAGACGACAGUGGUGAAGCUAAGUUCCUACUCUUCGAUAAGGAGGCUAUAGAAGUUGUCAACCAAACAGCAGCUCAACUUACGGAAGCAGUCAAUGAGGUUCAAGAUCCUGAUGUUCUACCGUUAGCAUUGAGUAACAUAAUACGAAAGACAUUUCUGUUCAAGAUUGCUAUACAAACUUCAAAUAUAGUUUUCAAUAGUCCUGCUUACAAAGUAAUCAAGAUUAUUACUCAGAGUGAUAUGGUGAAGGAGUUCAGUAAAUUUACGGCCUCG